GAGAGGGACGCUUGGCAGCAAGCUGCGCUUCCUGACGGCGGUGCCGGACACGCAAGGGCAGGGUUGUGUGGCGUUUCUCUCGGUUCGGCUUGAGUUUCCCGGCUAAUUCCCCCACCCCCUCCCAGUUUUGCGAACAUGGCAGGGCUGAGCAGCGGCCCCUCCAGCUUCGGGCGGUGCAGCCACGCCGUGGUGCGGGCGCUGCCAGAGUCGCUGUGCCAGCAGGCGCUGAGGCGGGAGAAGGCGAAAGAGGUGGACUUGGCGCGCGCCGAGCGGGAGCACCAGCUCUACGUGGGGGUGCUGAAGAACAAGCUGGGGCUGCAGGUGUUGGAGCUGCCCGGCGACGAGAGCUUGCCCGACUGCGUCUUUGUGGAAGAUGUUGUCGUGGUGUGCGAAGAGACCGCUCUUCUCACGCGCCCGGGGGCGCCCAGCAGGAGGAAAGAGGUUGAAGCAAUGAAAACAGCACUUAACAGUCUUAGCCUGAAUAUUGUAGAGAUGACAGAUGACCAGGCAACCUUAGACGGAGGAGAUGUUUUAUUUACAGGACGGGAAUUUUUCGUGGGUCUUUCAAAACGGACCAACCAUCGUGGUGCAGAAAUUUUGGCAGACACCUUUAAGGAUUAUGCUGUUUCUACAGUCCCUGUUGCUGACUCCUUGCAUCUGAAAAGCUUUUGCAGCAUGGCUGGACCAAACCUCAUUGCUAUUGGUUCAAGUGAAAUUGCGCAGAAAGCCCUCAAGACAAUGCAACAGAUGAGCGACCAUCGUUAUGACAAACUUACAGUUCCUGAUGAUGCAGCAGCAAACUGUGUGUAUUUAAACAUUCCUGGCAAAGGUCAUGUUUUGUUGCAUCGAGCACCUGAGGAGUAUCCAGAAAGUUCAAAGGUAUUUGAAAAACUGAAGGACCACAUGUUGAUCCCUAUAGCAAACACCGAGCUAGAAAAAGUAGAUGGAGCACUCACUUGCUGUUCGGUCCUUAUUAAUAAAUCUUCACAAUUAUGAGUUUACAGAUUUCCUUCCUUGUAUAUGGCAAUAAUGUACAUGAAAGGCAAAUGUAUCUGUAUUUCACUUGUAUUGGUUUUCUUGACAAUCUACUGUAACACUGUGCUACUGAUCUUUGUUUACAAUGGUGCCCCUUCACUCGUAAUUAAGGUGCGUGUAUAAGCUUUUUCCUGACAUAUAAAGAUUUGAAGCAUGUUUGUCUGGAUUUCCCCCCAAAAAAUGUUAUGAAAAUUAAUGGUUUAUGUAGUAGAUGUAAAAUGAUCUCAGAAGCAGAAGUAGGGGCCACUUCUAGCAUCACUUUUGACUCGGGCACAACAACAACUAGAUGCAUAUCUACUAUGCCGAACAUUCCUAUAUCCUAGGACUUGAGUUUAAAAUCAAGUCAUUGAAGACAUAUGGCCAAAUGCCAUACAAAAUGUAAUACUGGACUUCCUCGCAAUCCGUUUUUUGAAUUUGUCAUCAACGAAUUAUUUCCACUGCAGAGUAAACAAUAAACACUUGUUUUUGUAUUCCUAGUAAUUUUGUCACAGGAACUUUAUAAUGCUCCCUGGAGUGUUUAUCCACUCCUUUUCCACUGCUCUGCGUAAAUUCUAGGAUUGACAUUGAUAAGUCAUUAAAUAGUUACCAGCUGUAAAAGGCAUAAAAGUGGAAAAUUACAAGUGCUUACAAUCACAGUAGUUAAGUCUUCAAAUAUGGGCUAUUAGGAAGAUAAGGGCUGAGAGACGUAUCUCUUCAUGCAUUUAUUCUUAUGUCAUCUCAAAUAAUUUAUUUUCCUUGCUUUGGGGAAGUUAAUUGUAAUUAGAUUAGAACAUGAGAGGGAAAUCUGCACUGGGUAGGAUAAUGCCCAUAUUAUAUAUGUGUUUCUUUAACAAAAGUAAGGCAUCUGUUUAAAUAGAACAGCCUCAUAUAUUGUUGUUGAAAGUAGCUUGAGUAGUUAACAUUGAUCCAAACAUGUCUUAGAAAAUACUGAAGGAUUUUAGAAGUAAUACUGGAAUUGGCCCAGUUUUAAUCUAGUCCGACCUUUCGUCACCCUUCUCUUUAGAGUUCUAAGUUAUAGAUAAUCAAAAGGAAAUUCAGUAACUCUUCCUUUAGUAACAACCAUAGUAUAAAACAUAUUAUAAUUAUCGUAGAAAAUUAUUUUCCUUUUAGUGCCUUGGAAGAAAACUGUGAAUGAAAUUAAUUACAAAGUGUAGGUGGAUUACUGUGAGGGUUUGAAUCAGUUGUGUGUCCAAAAUGCUGAUUUGUUUAUUUGCACUUUUUUAUUUCAGUAGAUAUUCAGGUUGUUCACGAGUUAAAACUUCUACAUAUUUUAAAGUUUUGAUUCACAAAGUUUUAACAAAUUAAUAAAACACUUUAUUUUACUGCCGCCUCUCAUAUUGUACUUUCACGCAAGUACUUGUUGUUAUGCUUUUAAAUAUUCAUUUGAUCAUCAGAGUUCUUUUCUAUUCAAACUCAAAUGCUGAACUUUCUGAAAAACAUAAACAAGACAUGGCAGGGGAUCUUAGAUUCUUCCAGAUAUUCUACUGUGCAAUGCUCUGUCUCAUUUAUAACAUUUCAUGUGGGGCAGAAGGACCCUGAUGAUUUUGCCUUUUACUUGUAAAUCUCCUAUGGAUUCCUGCUGCUAAUUUCAUUUAUAUUGUUUCUGAGAGGGGGAAAAAACUAAGAAAAGAGAGAACUACAAAAUGUACUUGGGUCCUGUUGUUUCCCUGUAGUAUAUUGUAUAUCCGUGACUUCCAAGAGACUCUGAUUACUAUUAUGUCUAAGUAUUCAUGUUGUGCCUGGAAAUGGAUAUCUUUAUUUAAACUGUAAUUCAAUUGGAAGAAAUGUUUAUUUUGGCAAAUUCUGCUCCAUUUUGGGCACUACUUCUGGUAACUGGCUAAUGUACACUGGCUAAUAUUACAAACUUAAAAUAACCAAUUACAUUAAAACUAUGGUUGAAAUUAUUUAUAUGUAAGAAACACAGGAAAACAUAUGUAGAAUCCAGGAAAUGCGACAUGAGGAAUGUCAUAUGUAACCUUAUCUUUUAGCUGGAUUAAUUAUACUUAAAAACUCUAAUUAUUCUUCUUACCCUUCCUUUCUUUAAUAAUAUUUUCCCCUAAAAUGAAAAAUUAUUUAUUUUCUUGGCAUGUUCUUAUUUUAUUUCCCUAAAAUGGUCACAUUCUUAUUUUAUUCCACUGAAAACUGCAUAAUGAUUUUAUACAAAAUUUGCUUAUUGAAUAAUAGAAGAAACACUUUGUCUUCUUAAUGGCUAGUUUGGAAAUAUUUAAAAAUGUAAUAGGUAUUUAAUUGGAAGAUGAGGGUUUUGUUUCACCAUGGGGAUUUCAAUACAUAACAGAAAAUAAUAGAAAUGUUUUAGAGAUAUCGUGAAAAGUCUUGCAAAGUAACAAUAAUGGUUGCGUGUAUUCACUUCUUAAGUCUUCAGUAGUUGCUCAUUUUUAUUAGCUAAUGUCACAGCCCAAAGAAUAUAUGUUCUGCUUUGUUUUUACAUCACUUAACAUUAAUCAGGAAUGUUAAAACUAAUUUUAGUUGGCCACCUUUCAAUGAAAUAAAGCCAGAAAAUACUUGGUAAAAUGGUUUUACAUUUUGCUUUGUUUUGUGACUGCUGUGACAACUGCAUUCUCAGUAGACUUACACCAAGCAUACUUUUUCUACCUGAAGUGUUGUAAAUUGUGUCAUAGACUGCUUGUGUGUCAGACAUUUUUUUGAUUAAUUUUAUGUGCUAAAUGGAUUCUACCCUAUUCUAAAUAUCCAUAAUUAUGGAUAGUAUGCAAAAAAUAUCUGAGUGCCUAUUAUUUUUCUAGUUUUCCUGAUGUUUGUCACAAUGUUCUAUAAAAAAUCACUUAUUGUACUGACAUACAGUACAUGUAUACAGCUGGUGAAUCUUUUAUUAAGUUUGAAUUUUGUGCCCCUUUCUGUUCUACUCUCAUGCAGUCUGUACUUCUGAAUUACAAUUCAAAUUCAGCAUAGCAAAAUGCUGCAUUGGGUUAGAACUAUACAAUUGAAAAUGCAGACUUGUUUCAAAGUAUCCUCCCUGUUCUUAUCUUGCGGACCAUAAAAUUAAAACAGAAAUUUCAUCAAAUAAAGUAUCCUUAGGUAUUUUAGGCAUGUAAAAAAGGUAAGAAUAAUGCCCCAAAUUUAAUCAUAUUUCAGCUUUAGAUACUGAACCUCUGCCUAAACAAUGCUAUCUAAAUUUUUGUUAGCAUGGAUACCAAAUGCAAAUUGUAUAAUCAGUUCAAUGAAAUUGUAAAGCCUUUUCUAAUACUACCUCAGUAGUGCUCUGUAUUUCAAAAUAGCAGAUCAUCAGAUGGGAUUAACUUGUCCUUCUUGCAAAAUAUAAUAUGUUCUUCAAUGCGCAGAGAAUGGGGAGUAAAGGUAGUAAUUCACAACAGCGCUUCUGUGAUGGCAUAGACCACUCCUGAAAUUGCUGACAUCUUAAAAUAGUUUCCUUCGUGUUCUCCAAUUCCAUACAUAAAAUAAAAUAAAAUAUCUAACUAAAGAGAAAGCUCAC